AAAACAGUGCGGAUCACGGAGCCUUGAGUCUGACUGAGCGCGACUCUUCCUGCGAUGAAUGCUGCAUGCAGUGCAGUAGCCAGUGAAACGCAGAGUGCUGCUGGUGUUCAUCUUCAGUUCGCUCCUAGACUUGUUGAAAGUGGCCGUUCAGUGUGCGUAUGUUCGUAGGAAAUAUUUGCUUUGGGACACCGCGCUUCAGGCAGUUAUUGUAGGAGCGCAAAGCUCUCUGUUAGCUUUUCAUUGUCAGGUGGAACGCCAGUGACCCCCACAAUACUGGGCUGUUGUUCGCAGCAGAAAUUAUUCCCAGUUGCUCAGUUUUUGGCCUGCACCUAGACUUACAGCAGCUUUCGCUAUGGGCGGGGGACGUAUAGUGAAAGAGGGAUUCCUGACCAAGUCGCCUCCGACGGAUGACAAUGGCCAGCCAGCACUGCUGAAGCAAUGGAAGAGACGGUACUUUCGCCUGUAUGAGUCGAAAGUUCUGGAGUACUACGAGAACGAUAAGCCGUCGACCCUGGGCAAGAGUCCGAAGGGCAGCGUGAACCUCGAGGAUUGCUUCAUCAUGCAGGAGAACUACACCAACCAUCCCAUGCGCGUCUCACUGUCCACGAAGAAGCGGACCUAUUUCAUGGACGCGGAGAGCCACGUCGACUACGAGGCGUGGGUGCGCGCCUUGGCCGAGAUUGGUGGGUUUGCUGUGGACGAGAAUGCGACAACAGCAGCUGAAGACGAACUGACGGCGUCAUGCGAGAGCGCGUCGUCCAAGCCCAAGGGCUCCAUCUUCAGGCGCAUGGGCACGCGCAAGAUGCAGCGCAAGGGCAGCCAGUCGACGCUGCGUCGGCAGGCGAGCAGUGUGAGCUCGUCGGUUGCGUCGGCCGAAUGGACCGACCUUGGCGACGUUGUGCUACCGUCGGAGGCCUGCGAUGCCAGCACAGCGAGCAGUGAGAGCAGCAGGGAAAGCGCCGCGUCAAGCUCGUCGGAGGGAAGAGGCAGCAGCGGCAGUCCGUCCCCAGUGGGUGGACAACGAUCUCGAGCUGGGUCGAGUGAAGGCAAACCUGGAGAGGCUUCGGUCAGUGCCGAAGAGAAGCCGUACUCCAUGACUGCGGUUAACAAUCAACCGGAAAAAAUCGAGGAGAAAGAAGAGGACGAUGGCUUGGCCAGCGCUGCAGCAGCCAGUUGGACAGGGGAACAGCUAGGAACCUCCCGUCCCAGGAGUUGCUCCGAGGCACUGAAAGAUUUGGACAGGCAGAAGCGAUGUUCCCAGAACUUCGGCGGCGGUGCUUUGUUCUCUGAAGCGCAGCCAGCUGCUUCCAGUGUAGCGUGUAGGCCUGUAGGCGCGGAUGAACCUUCCUCUAAUUAUACCAUGGUGCCAAGCAACCUGCCCAUGUCCUCGUCCGUGGAGGCACGGCAAAACUACACGCUGAUGCCGUGCAAUGUACCUCUGUCUGCAUCCGCCGAGCAGCGAGAAAACUACAGCAUGGUGCCAACCAACGUGCCCGCAUCCGCUUCCGCAUACGCCGCGAGAGAAAACUACACGAUGGUGCCUUGCAAUCGCCCUGCACGCCCGGGUACGUCCGCGCCUGAGACGCACAUGAAUGCAUCCUUUCGUGCGGAGAGCAGUUCUUCCCAAACGAGGGGGCUAGCGAGCGAUUCCGGUAUGUGCAAAGCAACGUCAGCGGAGAGAGAUGAGCAGUCGCAACUCAGCGGGUGUAGCCGGGAGUACGAUCAGGAGUCGUCGUCCAAGCCUACUGGUGAUUCUGGAGUGUCGGUGGGCGUGUAUGCUUUUGGCCGCUCGACGUCGGGUGACAACUCCAUGAACGUCACGCCCAGUCCACCGAAGAGAAGUCCGCCAAUGCAGCGACCGGGCUCGGCGGAUGAGGGCAUCAUCACGGACGGCAUUGCAGGCAUGCAGUUUGGCAGUGACAUCACGUGUCCCAACCCGGCAAUGUACUCGUCUACGCCACCCAUUCCCAUUCCUCCGAAGGGCGGCCGGGAUGAAAGACGCAUGCCGUCAUUACCGCAGGAGAAUACAACGUCGCCUGUACCUCCAUUGCCGGCCAAGCCGAAGGCAUGCUCUCCGGCCCCGGGACAGCCGUACCAGACUCAGGGAUACGCUACCCUGACUGCGGAUGACUUGAAGGUUGACAGAAGCACCAAGCCGACACACUUCUCGCCGACCGACCCAGCUGCACCAGCAAUAGACCGCUCGGCCAAACCAAGAGCGCCGAUCCAUGCUACAAUUGUGCCCGAGGCUGCACCGCAGUUUGUACCGACCACCGUAUCGCCACAGGGACGUCAAUUGUGCGUCCGUGGUAGUGGUGGUGCUCCCACUCCAAUGUAUGACAAGUUUGGUAAUGCCAUUGUAAUACCGUUUGGUGCCCAGGUAUCGAUGAGUCCAAUGGUUGCGCAACAAGAAGCAAUGCAUUAUCAUCCUACAGCCAACUACGCCUCCCCGCCGCCACCGAUACCCGCCCGAGUUGGCAAUCCCGACCAGCCCUAUUCGAUUCCCCCGCCUUUCCGCGCUCUCCCGGAGCCCAGCAGUGUCAUGUAUGUGCCUGGGCACGAGCAAGCGGGCGUCCCGCGUCGCGUGAGCGCCGACUCCGUGCACUUGGCGCGCGGCUCGUACGAGCAGGUGCCAACCAACCGACCAAUGAUGGCGUCGUCCUAUGCGAGCGGGGGUGGCAUGUCGCGCUCAAGUCGUGGGUCGAUGAGCAGCCGUGUCAGUGCAGGCUCUCUGUCCAAUGCCAGCGUGGCGUCCGUACGCCGAUCCAUGUCACUUUCCGAGUACAACGACGGCGGCGACUACGUGUUCUCGCCGCUCGGCCAGCGCCAGUCUUCCGGGGGUCCACCCGAAGACGUAGCGCUCGACGAGGACUACGAACCAAUGAAUCCCGGUGGUGUGUUUGCCACAGCACAGCAGCAGCAGCAGCAACAACAGCCACCGCAGCACUAGACCUGGCAAACCGUUAGCUUGUUUCGUGUCUAUCAUAUCUAGUACUAGUGAUAUGUGUGAGAGCCGUGUGUUUAUCGUGUAUCGCCCAUGAUUCCAAGUGGUGGCUUAUGAGCGCUACCAUUCGUCGUAAUUAUCCGUUCCAGGGUCUUGUUUGACAGUUCCCGGCCAGCACAUUUUUUUUUAUUGAUUAUCAAAACUAAUCCUGAUUUCCGAAAGAUCCUAUCGGGCAUAAGAAUGACCAAGUCGAUUCAAGUGGUGUUUGAUUUCUGCAGCAGCUAUUUCGAACAACCUUCAUUUCAUCUGUUGACGUUGACACCGAUCCCUUCUGGUGCCUGACAAUACCGCCCGUACGCUUCACAAUUAUCAUUUUAAAUUAUUUGGCUGGCUUUCACUAAUUUCAGCGCUGCUAACCCGUUGCCUGCGCUUGAACUCUCCACGCUACAUCGCUGCAAACCAAGGGCCUGUAUCCCCAUCCCAGCUCUCCCCUAACCCCAUCGGUAUCUGAACCCACCUCAGCUGUCAGAGCGAGCAUUAUAAAAGAAUUACUUCAAAAUACUCAUAAUAUUCAGACAGUCCCGAUCCAGACUUAUAAUGUGGACUAUGAUUUUUGGUUCCUUUUUAGUAUCACAAGGUGCCAUCGUUUGUUUGUUCCUUUGGUUUUUCUUUCGCUGGAUUGCCUUCUAUCUCUGCCAGAUCUAUGCUCUCGCGUUGUUCUCACAGACUGGUUCUUAGUGUUCCUCAUUGUUUGUCUUUCAGAUAAUCAUCACGCCCAACUGAGGUUGUAGAGCCAAAGCUUGA